CCGGCUCGCUCGGGUGCCUGGAAGCGGCAGUCAUGGCGGCUCCUGCUUGGGGGAGCCACGUGUGGGUGGGCGCCGAGACGGGCCUCCUGAAAGGAAUCAAUUUGCAGAAGAAGCAGGCUACAAACUAUAAGCUGGGGGAUGCAUCCAUCAGUCGCCAGGAAGCUGUCACUGCCAUGUGUUGGGGGGAUCCCUAUGAGUCUGAGAUCUUUGUGGGAUGCCUGGAUGGAUCAGUUAGACUCUUCAGUACAGAGAAGGGCAAAUUUAUUAAGUCUCAAGACUGCCUCGGGGGCGAGGGACCCUUCCGUGGUUUGUGUGUGCUUGACAGCUCCCUUAUCACCUGCGUAGAAUCCGGAUUGCUGAAGGUCUGGAGAGACGUCUCCUCUGAAAAUGUAGAGGUCCAGGUCGGCCCUGGUGUCUGCCGCAUGCGCCAGAACCCUGCAACGCCUCAUCAGGUGGCCACAGGUGGGAAGGAGAACUGCCUGAAGGUAUGGGACCUGUGCAAGCCACAGGAGACCAUUUUCCGAGCCAAAAACGUACGGCAUGAUUGGCUCGAUCUGAGAGUCCGCAUCUGGGAACGGGACAUGCAGUUCCUUCCUGGAUCACAGAAAAUAGUUACCUGCACCGGUCACCACCAGGUCCGACUCUAUGACCCCAGCUGCCCUCAGCGCCGGCCUGUGAAGGAAAUCACCUUUGGCGAGUAUCCACUCACCGCUCUCUCAUUGACUUCUGAUGCAAACUCUGUCGUGGUUGGCAGUUCACACGGGGAUGUGGCAGUCUUCGACCUUCGGCAAGGGCAGUUGCUGAAUUGCCUGAAGGGCUUUGCUGGGAGCGUCUCUAGUAUCCAGUGUCACCCUGAGCUUCCUUUGGUGGCCUCCUGUGGACUGGACCGCUUCCUUCGCGUGCACCAUCUACGCCACAAGCGCUUGGAGCAUAAGGUUUAUCUGAAAUCCCGACUCAGCUGCCUGCUGCUGAACAGCCGGGAGAAAUGGGAGGAUGAAGCCCUUGACCCUUCCGCUGAGUUAGAAAAUGAUGUCAAAGAGGAGGAAGAUGAAGCCGACGAAAUCUGGAACACCAUGAAAGUUGUGGUCACCAAGCGGAAAGCAGAUUUAGGACCCUCCUCCGACAAAGGGAGUGAUAAACGAAAAAUUCUUAAGGCCCCAAAGAAGAAGAAGCAACACAUUUAAAUAUCUGACUUAAUAUCAGCAUUAAGGAAAAUAGGUGAUUUCUUCCUUUCUCAGUUCAGAGGAGACAAAUGCAAAGCUGCAGGAACUUCUCAAGGAUCUAUGAGGGGCGUUCAUUAAAGACUUCACCUGACCCACUUCCUGUGGACAAAGAGCAAUGAAACUUGGCCCAGUUCUGAGUCCUUCUCUCCAUGGGUGCAACACACACGUCUCCCAUCUUUUUCUCCCUACUGGAAGCACCUCGCUUGUAGAAGUCGACGGUUGCUCCAAAAGCCACGUCGUGACUUCGGAAAUCAGAGUCUCAUCAUCUGAGAAAGGCUUGCCCUUCAAAAAUAACUUCUUUGUUGGAAAGAUGUGGAAGUCCAAUGGUGUGAGGUCAGGGGAAUAAGGGGGACACGGGAGAAUUUCAAAGCCAGAGGAGCAUGCUUCUUCCAUUUGGGCAGCAGG